AAGAAUGAGAAAAGGGAGGGAGACGCUCCAAAAAAAAAAAGAGAAGAAAAUGGGGGGAAAGAGAGACUUGUGAGGUUUUAUAGUUAAGCCCUAAACAGUAAACACUCCCUCCCUCCAUAAAACAUUACUCUAAUCUUCCAUACUUCAAAAGUCUCUGUGUAUCUUUGUUGGUUGGUGGAUUUAGGGUUUAGUAGAAAAUGGGGAAAGAGGAGAAUGAAUUAGAACCAAAGAUUGAGACUGCUAUGCGUUCUCGUCUUCAACAUAUCAAAGAUAAUGCUGACUCCUUCACUUUGGAGAGGGUGCGUAGGCUGAUAGAGGAAGACCUCGAGCUUGAAAAGUAUGCUCUCGAUGUGCAUAAAGGAUUCAUUAAGCAGUUCUUGGAGAAGCUAAUGGAGAAUGCUGAUGAUGAUGGCCCCCCUAAGGAUUCACAGGAAAAUUUGGAAAAAGACGCCGCUUCAACUAAUCAAGAAAAAGAUGUGCUGGAAAAAGAUGCUUCUUCUACUAAGCAAGAAAAAGAAGUGCUCGAGUCCCCUAAAAAGCAAGUGAUAGAGAAAGAUAUCAAAGAGCCAGCACUUGAUGAAGCAGAAAUGGAUGAUUCUCCUAUAAUGGGCGUUAUGAGCUCCAAUUCAGAGUCAGUGGAUGCUCAAGGUGUAAAGGCAAGUGAGAGCUCAAUAAAGAAGGCCAUCUGGGAGAGAGCUGCUCACUUCAGAGCUAAUUCUGAGUCAAUAACUCUUGCUGGUGUUCGUCGACUUCUGGAAGAAGAUCUUGGUCUUGAGAAAAACACUCUUGAUGCCUUUAAGAAGUUCAUUCAGAAUCAAAUAGAUGAGGUGUUAACAUCUUCUGAAGCUCCUAAAUCUAGCAGUGUUAAGAGGAGCCCUGAAAAAAGAAGUAAGACAGCAAAGAAGAGUGGUGAAAACUCUGAUUCAUUUAGCAGCCGAAGUAAAAAUAUAGUAGAGAAAGUAAAAUCAGGAAAAAGAUCUGUCGCAAAAGAAACGGUUGAGAAAUCUGAAGGACUGAAGAAACGGAAAAAACCUAAUUCAGAGGAUAAUGUCCCUGCCAAAAAGAAGAAAGAAGUUUCUAAGAAGCUGCCAGAUGAAAGUAGUGAUGGAGACACCGAUAAGAGUGGUUCUGAAGAUGGUCAAUCUGGAUCAUCUGCUGAAAUACCUGCCAAGAAGAAAGUUGUAAAGGGAGCAUCAGCUAAUGCUGGAUAUGGAAAACGUGUGGAACAUCUGAAAUCAAUAUUCAAAGCUUGUGGGAUGAGUGUUGCUCCUUCUAUUUAUAAGAGAGCCAAGCAGGUAUCUGACGACAAGCGUGAGGGCUUCCUGAUAAAGGAGUUGGAAAAGAUACUUUCUGCAGAAGGACUAUCACCGAACCCCAGCGAGAAAGAAAUCAAAGAAGUUAAAAAGAGAAAGGAAAGAGCGAAAGAAUUGGAAGGCAUUGACUUGAGCAACAUUGUUUCGGAUACACGAAGAAGAUCAACGACCAGUUUUGUGCCUCCUCCAAGACCCAAGUCACCUCCUAAAAAAGAUAAGAAUGAUGACAAAGAUGGUGAUACCAACGAGGAUAAUGUAAGUGACGACGACAAAGACGAUGAUGACAAUGAAGUUGAUGAGAGCAGUGAGAGUGAGGAGUUCAAUGAAGAUGAUAAUGAGGACAGUGAAUGAAGCUCUCUGAAGAGUGAAGAUUAUAAGUUAUAGAUCGGGGAUGGUCUUUCCAAUGUAUCAAUAGUUUCAGUUUCUCAACGUAGAUUGGGAGCUGAAAUUCAGUGUAUUUUAGAAGUACAUUUAUACUCCAGACUUGAUAUUUAGCUUGGUUAAGAAGUGUUAAAUUAGCGAUCAUGGAUAAUAGAUACCAUAGUUGUUAGUUAUCAAGCGAUUUGUACAUGGAGCAUCUUUGCUUGUGCAUUGUAGGAGGUGACAAUCUUCAUUUUUCUGCUGGUAGCAGUUCUUUAGAAGGCUUUUUUGGUGAAA